AACAAUUAAGUUUUACGAAGUCAAAGAAAAAUAAGAGCAUAAAAGAAGAAGAGCAAGAAUCUUGAUGAGUCCUGUUCAUAAGUGGUUGUAGCAAUCACAUGUCUAGAAAUAAGGAGAUGUUUGUGAAUCUUGAUGAGUCCUAUUCAUCGAAAGUUAAGCUUGGUGAUGAAAAAUCUCUCAAAAUUGAUGGUAAAGGAGCAGUAGCAUUUCAAGCAAGAAAAGGUACAUCUUAUAUUAUCAAUGAUGUGUUUCAUGUGCCAAACUUGACCUAGAACUUGUUGAGUGUUGGCCAGCUGCUGCAGAAAAAUUACAAAGUGGAGUUUAACAAUGAAAAUUGCUUUAUCGUUGAUAAGGUGAAAAAUCUUACAAUAGCUCAAAUUAAGAUGAGUUCAAAGUAUAGCAGGUGACGAUCAUAAAAUUUGGCAUUUCUGCUACGGGCAUUUGAGCUACAAAGGCAUGAAUUUGUUGAAAAAGAAGAACAUAGUGUGUGGGCUUCCUCAUAUGCUUGAGCAAGACAGUCCGUGUGAAGGAUGUAUCAUGGGCAAAAUGCAUCGUCUACUUUUUUCGAAGACUUCUUACAGAGCCAAAACUAGCCAAAACUCCCCUGGAGAUAGUCCAUGCCGAUAUUUGUGGACCAACACAGACCCCAUCUCUCAACAAUAAUAGGUAUUUUUUGUUAUUUGUUGAUGAUUAUACUCGGAUGAUGUGGGUCUAUAUUUUGAAGCAGAAAUCUGAAGCAUAUUCAAAAAAUUUGGAGUUCAAAUCAACAACAACAACAACAACAACAUCCAAGCCUUAAUCCCAAAGGAAUUUGGGGUCGGGUAACAUGAAUCGAUCUAUGAUAUCGAUGCCAAAAAGAGAAGACAGACAAGAAAGGGAAGGAAAAAAAGUAAGAUAAAAUGAAUAAAAUAAAGAUAAAUAAAUAUAAGAUAACAAUAACACAAGAAUAUAAGAAAGAUAACAGAUAAAAAAUAAAAUAGCAUAAAAAAGCUAGAAGAUAAAAAUAACAUAAGAAUAUAAAAAGAUAAGGAAGAUAAACAAUAAAAGAAAAAAGAGGGGAAAGGUAGAAAAGACAUCAAUCGUCCACACGGAUGUGCGUCCUCCACUUUUCUCUCUUCAAAGCCAUACUCUCAUCCGAACCAAGAAGACGCAUAUAAGUUCUGAUUCCUCUAAUCCAAGUCUGUUUGGGUCUUCCCCUCCCUCUCUUCUCUGCCUUUUCUCCCCACCCCUCAAGUCGUCUAACAGGUGCAUCACUCGGUCUUCUACGCACAUGCCCAAACCACCGCAAACGAGACUCCUACAUCUUAUCUUCUAUAGGUGCUACUCCCACCUUUUGUGUGAUUACCUCAUUCCUCAAGCGGUCUUUUCUGGUAUGUCCACACAUCCAACGCAGCAUACGCAUCUCUGCCACACUCAUCUUUUGAAUGUGACAUUGCUUCACCGCCCAACACUCUACGCCAUACAUUAAUGCCGGCCUAAUUGUUGUACGAUAAAAUUUACCUUUCGGUCUAGUCGUCAUACCUCGAUCGCAUAGAAAUCGUGAACACCAUAUGAAGCAUGGUAUAAAGAAAACCUCAGGUACACCAUUUCAAAAAAAUGGUUGCAUUGAUUACUCUCACAUCACGUCGCAGCUAAGAGAAAAAUUUGAUGAAAAAGGAGAAAAUCUUAUCUUCGUUGGGUACAGUGAUGAGUCAAAAGGAUAUCGUCUCUUAGAUCCAAAAACAAACAAACUCACAAUUUCUCGAGAUGUUACUUUUGAUGAAAAAGCAGUUUGGAAUGGGAAGAAUGACCAGCAUGCAUAUGUUACUCAUCCUCCACCAUUAUUAAGUACAAGUGAUCAACCAAGCGCAAGUGAGAAUCCAUGUGUUGGUUCACCCGAACAUGAUCAAAUCCAUUGCGAGUCGGAAAGCCCAGUUCAAAAGGUACGUAGUCUGGCUGAUAUAUAUAAUUCUUGUGAUGUAGCUUUUGUUGCACUAUUUUCGAGUGAGCCACAUGGUUAUGAAGAAGUUGGAAAACAGGAGAUCUGGCAAAAAGCAAUGGAUGAGGAGAUCAUGAGUAUCCUGAAAAAACAACACAUGGGAGCUGGUUAAUCUUUCGAAAGGAAAGAAUUUGAUUGGGGUGAAUUUGGUCCAUAAGACCAAACUCAACGAAGAUGGUUCAAUCAAAAAACACAAAGCUCGAUUGGUUGCGAAGGGGUACUCGCAACAACCUGGAGUUGAUUUCAACGAGACGUUUGCACCGGUUGUUCGAAUGGAGACAUUUCGAAUCGUUCUAGCUCUUGUGGCACAAUCCGAGCUACCUAUACGUGAAGUCUGCAUUUCUUAAUGGUGAUUUACAAGAGGAGGUUUACAUUCAACAACUCGAUGGAUAUAUUGUUGAAGGAGAAGAAAACAAUGUCUACCGUCUCAAGAAGGCACUAUACGGAUUGAAGCAAGCUCCUUAUGCUUGGAACACCAAGAUUGAUGGAUAUUUUCAGAAGCUUGGUUUCCAUCAAAGUCCAAGUGAGGCCUCAUUAUACAUUGAUGAUUUGAUUUACAUGGGAACUAAUCUUGCUAUGGUGCAAGAAUUCAAAGAAAAUAUGAUGAGGGAAUUUGAGAUGACGAACUUGGGGUUAAUGAAUUUUUUUCUUGGAAUCUAAGUCUGACAACUGAAAGGAGAAACUUUCAUUUCACAAGAAAAAUUUCUUGGUGAGCUACAAGAAAAAUUUCAGAUGAGCAAUUGCAAGCCAAUCUCCACGCCUCUUGCCGUAAAUGAAAAACUAAGGCUAAAUGAUGAAGCAGACAAAGUUGAUGCAGGCAUGUUUAGAAGCUUGGUUGGGUCCUUGAUCUAUUUGACAAACACCAUGCAUGACAUUGUGUAUCCGGUGAGCUUGGUUUCAAGAUUUAUGCAUGAUUCUAGCAAUUUACAUUAUGUUGCUGCUAAAAGAUUUUACGAUAUCUUCAAGAAACAGGGAAUGUAGGGAUAAAAUAUGUUAAAGAGUGUGGAAACCCCAGUAGUAUUAGGCUUAGCCCAUUUGUAUAUCUUGUAUAGGAAACCCUAGUGCUCUAAAUAUAGCUAUAAAUAUAGCUUAUUGUAUAGCAUUUAACAUCGAGUAUAUGAAAUACAACAAUACUUUUCUACAUGGUAUCAGAGCCUAUAUGGGAAACAUUAGUUAGGGCACUGGUUUCCGGCGAACAUUUCCGACAUAAUUUCCGGUGUGAACAGUAGCUGCGAUUGGUGUUGGAGCACACUUCCGGUGGUGAACAUCUGAUCUACACCUACCGCCUUGCUCAGCAUACCAUCGCGGCCAACCACCCGGAAUAGUACCCGUACGGAGGCUACCACGCGUCCUCACGCGCCACCGCCCAUUCCCGCAGCUCACUAACAUAUUUGCAGAUCUACUCCAUUCUACUUAUCCGGAGAUCUCACAGCCGAUACCCUGAAGAUCUGGAUUUUCUGGCGACUAGGACAACAUAACACUAACACUCAUCGGACAACCUACGCGCCGCCCAGAUCGGUUGUACCGUCGCCGUCUCUCUGUCCGCCUCUGCCACUGUUUUGUUACGCCGUGUUCACCACUCCCAAGCUAUAUUUUUCUUAACCUCUGCGUCGUCACUCCAUCUUCCCAGGCUGUUGUUCUGCAAUUCCGCUGCUGUGUUGCUGCCUUGGGAAGUUGUUACUACUGCACUGCUCUAUUAAUUAGACACUGGUGCACUAUUUGAUGUUUAAGUGCACUAUUUGAUGUUUAAUUGCUGAUGCACUACUUCAUAUAUUUAAAUUAUUUCUGUUAUCCUUAACAAAAACAGUAAACAACAAAACAGUAAACAAAAAAAGAAAGAAAAUGUCUUUUAUGAGAGCUAAAGGUGGAAACAACAAAGGAUGCUCGAGGCGAAAUCGUCCUAAAUGUGAUUUUUGUCAUAACAUUGGUCAUACUAAAGACAGGUGUUGGAAAUUACAUGGGAGACCUCCUCCCUCAGCCCAUGUUGCUCAGCUACCGCCAUCUCCCAUUGUUCUAUCACCGGAAGAAUAUGCAGCAUAUCAACGAUUUAAGUUGACUAAUAUGCCUUUAUCCACACCCGGGUUGUCUACUGCUUGUGUUUCAAACUCAACAUGCUCAUGGAUCGUUGACUCAGGUUCCUCAGACCAUAUUUCUGGACCGUUGUACGGGGAAAACGAUUGGCGUCGGACAUGAAUCUCAAGUGUUGCAAAUUUGGGAACCACAGAUUCACACGGUAACAGACUCCCCAUCAAAUGAAAGUUUUGUCCAUGAAGCUUAAAUAUUGGAGGGGAUUUUCCGUCAUGCAAGGUGGAAUCAAUUUUUCCACCCAAAGAUGUGAAGGAGAACAUAUUAUUGUAUGAACGAAUAUUUUUCAAAAAAUGUUUACUCCUUUCAUCUUGACCCAUAAAAAGAUUUUCAAUAAAUAAUGGAGGCCUUUUUAUGAGCGGUAGUUGUAUUUUCCCUUGCAAACAACACCCAGAAUACUUUGGAUUUUUUGCCUUAUAAUAAGCAGCUUAUCUCUCCUCAUACCAAAAUAAGGCUCCGCAAAAGCUACAAACGAAAGAAGGAUCCCCAACAUCCCAAUACCCUAAAAAUAUGCAAAAAAUGUCAAGCACAAAAAGGAGGUUUAAAUAUAAUGAAUAGACUAUUUGAAUUACCAAUUUAAUUAUAUUAAUAUUAUAAGAUUGAGAUUUGAUGAUAAAAUUACCAGUUGGAACAUUAUUGAAAUCACCAUCUUCGUCAACAUCACUGUCAUUUAAGUUGGAUUGAUUGACUGUUUGCAUAUCUAAUUCCAUUGCAUGCGCAUUCUGGAACGGUGA